AUGCGUCCGACGCAAGCACUGGCGGCUGCGGCGAGCCUGCUCGCAGUGCUUGCAGCAUUGCUGGGGCCCUUCAAACUCCUCUUUGCCCUCUUGCGCUGGUCGACGUUUGCCGCAUUGAGCUGGCUGCUCCUCAAUGGUCUUGCCAUCAUACUGCUACAGUACAGACGAACGCAGGUCAGGCAGCAAGCAGUCGCCAGAGGACUCAAGGCCAGCACGGAUGGCAGAUACGACAUCCCGCCGCUAGCAUUCACCACACCGGCCGCUUGGUCUGCCCUCCAGACACGCUUAGCAUGGGCAGACCCGGAUGAGACGAGAAGACCGCUCCAUCCGCAGCUGUCGAGCAAAGUCUCUGAGGAGAUCGAUACCGUCAUCAAGCUCGUCAUACGCGAUUUCGUCCUCAAAUGGUACGACGACAUUGUGCCCGCCUCUGCACCCGGCAGGACAUUCCCACGCAUCAUAGAGGACAUCAUUCGACACAGCCUGACGAGCAUACUGCAGCGAAUAGACACCAUCAACAUCACCAAGCUCAUCGCAAGCACCGUCGUACAGCGCACGACAGAUCAUAUCGAGGCCUGCAAGGCGGCCGAGCGCGACCUCAGAGAUGUAUCGGAUACUCGCACUCGCAAGCGAAACAUCAAGCAUGCCGAAGCUUUCACGCUCAAUACCUCUGACUCGGGCAGCGAGGAUAUUGAGCUUUUGAUGGCCAAACGCUACGCGAGUCAUCUGAAUACGACGCGCGCCCACUCUCACAAUAGCAUCAAAGGGCUUCACAAAGCCAUCGAUGUCGCUGCGACUAAUACGCGACCCUCCGAGGAAGCUCACUUGCGUGAUGUCGUUGGGCGUUUGCUAAGGAGCAUCCUGCCAGACUCAGCGAAUCAAUCGCCUACAGUGCGCAUCAUGGCCAGAGAGAUCGUAGCAUGCUCGAUCGUCUUGCCGGUGCUCGAGAUGCUUGCAGACCCAGAUUUAUGGAAUAGGCUCAUCGACGAUCGUGCUGGCGCGGCACUGCGCGAGCAAAAGAUGGUCUCACAACUUCGACAAGCCCUCGAUGCGGCUCCUAUCGGUCAUCGCGUGGCAGCUGAUGAGAUAUCCCAUCUCACAAAUCAGGCUCAAUUCGACGCCUUUGCGCGCAGUGCUGGGCGUAUCAAGCAGCUCUCAGAACUCAAGCGAUUGCGUAAUGAUGUCGCUCUAGGUCUGCGACGAUCACAACUACUGCUACAGAGCAGCACGGACAAAUCCGAGAUCGACCUCUUACGCUCCCACAUCGACCGUCUAUACCAGGUCAAGGUCAAAGUUGAUGAUGCCGUUCGUGGCGUGGAAGGUCACAGAGGCGAUACUCUGGCUCGCGCGAUCUCGAAUACGCACAGUGCUGCGUUCAAUGACGCAGCUCGUCCGCGGCUCAGGCAAAUACUUGGCUCAGCAUCAGCCGUCUCGUACUUCAUGGAGUUCAUGGAUCGUCGACAUCGCGCCCUGCUCGUUCAGUUUUGGCUAUCUGUCGAGGGCCUGAAAGAUCCACUGUCCGAGGUCGAUGUUGCACACGUCAACGGCGAAGAAUCUAGCACGCUCGCAGAGGAUCUCGAGAUGAUAUAUAGAACCUAUUUCGCGAAUGACCAAGUGCGCUCGGACGACAUCCAGAAGCUUUAUCUGCUCGAGGCGUUUGCGAACAGCGAGACCACCCUCGCAGAUUCAUCUCGCCUCCUCAAGGUUCGCGACGCUGUCGUGGGCUUGCAGGUGGACGUGCUCUCGCAGAUGGAAGAGUCUGACCUGUCCGACUUUCAGCGCUCAGAGCUCUACUACAAAGCCCUCGACGCUCUGUCGGCUGCACAGCCGACCACGCCCGACGUCAAGCUCGUUCUUCCGACAGAAGCGAGUGCGGAGCUAUCGCAACCAUCAACGGGCAUCCGUACACCCAUUCUACGCGCCCUCUCCGCGUCCACGCUGCCCCUAUCGAUGCUGCAGCAAACAGUGCAAGCCCGAGCGGUCUCGCAACCUCUCACCAACCGUCCAGAUAGCGAACAUGCAAAGCGCGACGAACGCCGUGACGGACUUGCUAGGCCUGAUACCUCACCUACGCGCUUGUCGGCAGCAGUUUUACCGCCACGCAUGUCGGACAGCAUCGAUUUCUUGAUCGGAUCCAGCGAAUCGGCCGAGACUCAGCAACGACCGCCGCUCUUUACUGACGAGAAGGCAGAACAGGCUGCAGCGGAAGCACAGACAAUGCGCGAUGUGCAAGAUGCCCUCACAAGUAUCCUAGCCUCCUCAGAGUCUUCCAAACAAGCCGAGCGUGGGCGCGGACGACCAGCAUCGGUACGCAGUCACGCAUCGACGGAAUCAGUUCUCAGCCGACCAGACACUUUCCUCGUCGCUGGCUUGCCUGGCAGCAUACCAACUCGACCUGCUGAGAAGCGGACUAUCUCCGAUACGACCAAUAUGAUGUCUAGGCGCGAUGCAGAAGCAGCAUCGGCGCCGGCACGACGCAAAGCAGUCUUUGAAGACUUUGAUAGCGAUCUGGAAGACGGCGAAGAGGCGGAUGCCAGCCAGGAAGCUGUGCUCGUGAAUUCGGCAGACGACACAGCGGCCUCGUCACCCGAUGUCAAUCGCAUCACGGCCCGAAUUGAAGAGCUCCAAAGCCAAUCCGGCCUCAUCGAGACAUUAUUGGCGCGUGCAGAGCUGACCGGGAAUCAAUCCGAAAUGAAGAUACUUUCACGUUCGGGCGACGCACUUCGUCGUGAGCUCCGCGAACUCAACUAUCGCCUUCAGCAGAUUGAGAAUCAGCGCUCGCAGAGCCGGAUCAGACCAGAUCGGACGAGCAUAAGCAUUGGCAGCGUGACGCAAGGCCAAGCUAACGGCAGCACAUUCGUACUGUACCUUAUCGAGGUACGACAGCUAGCCAAUGAUGGAUCUUUCGAAUCGGGCUGGCUGUGCACUCGGCGAUACAGUGAAUUCGUCACGCUCCAUGCCACGCUCAGAGCGAAGUAUGCGUCCGCGCGCGGUAUCGAGCUUCCGAGCAAGAAAGUCGUUUCCUCGCUCGCUGCGACUGACGCCUUUGUCGAGACGAGACGGGCGGGUCUAGAGAAAUACCUCAAAGCGCUCGUCUGUGAUGAGCAGGUCAGUCAGAGUCCCGAGCUGCAGUCUUUCCUUUCUCGUCAGCAUAUCAGCUUGCCGAACCUGGAGAAAGGGGCGGCUGUACCGGUGCGUGCAGCAAGCCAAGGCGUUGUGAGACAGAUCGUGCGGACAGUGACGACCGGCAUCGACGAACUGUUCAGUGGCCCGUCAAUGAUCGACAUGAUCGUCCAUCGUCUCAGUCAACAGGCAGCCGACUUUGCGGGCUUGAGCGGAUCUGCAGCAGACGAAGAUGGCAUGAUUGCACAUGCUUUGCAAGUCACGCAGAGCAGCAACACUGUCGGCCUUGCAAGCAGCAAUGGCGAAGGCCUGACGUAUUUCACCGCGCCAAUCUGCGAUCUCCUCAUCGAGGUCUUUGAUCUGAAGGAGAAGAAUAGCUGGCUGAGGCGACAGGCUAUCCUUAUCUUACUCCAGCAGGUGCUUGGCGGGACCAUCGAGCGGAAAUUUCGCGAAGCCGUCGCUGCGCUUGUACGCGAAGACAGUCUGUUGGCAACGAUCGGACUAGUCAAGUCAAUGAUGUGGCCGGGCGGCGUGCUCAAAGCACCAGGCGUACCGCGGACGCCAAGCGAACGGCUUGCUACACGCGACGCCGCCUACCGGAAGCUCUCCACUCUCAUGCCGGACGUGGCGGCUAACGUCAUUGGAAGGUCGAAUGCUCGGAGGGGAGCGAGGCGCGUCUUCGCCGCCGUCCAAUAUCGGCGCCUCAAUCAGCAUCUGAUCUACUCUAUCCUGGACGAUGUCAUCCAUGCUGCCUUCCCCGAAGAGCCCAGCUUUCUGGCUGAGCUCCGACUGCUUGCUGCUCGCCAGACGAGUAUGACGACGAUGCGGCAGAGACCGUCCGGUGAUGGCACGGAGGCUGCCAUCCCUCUCCUCAGCCCGGCCAAUCACGAUGUGGACGAGGUCGACAAUCUUGGCAGGCUGUCAAGUUCACUGUCUCGUUCACCCUCGCGCUCGCCUGCUGGCUUGCGAGAGGCCGAGCUAGCCAACGGAUCUGCAAAUGGCUUCUCCUCCAUCAAGGCAGGUCCGCCGGCCAGGGAGAGCACGAACCUGCAGGUGGCCGGCGCGGUGACGUUCUACAUGGUGGCCGCGUUGACGAUGAUUGUCGCCAACAAGUGGGUCCUCAACGCCGUCGCACUGCCCCUCUACUUCCUCUUCCUCCAGCUCGUGGUGGCAGUCAUCUUGCUCUGGAUGACCGCCCUCUUUGGCUACUACGAUCUCCCGGCGACGUGGAACAAGAAAGUCCUCCGCGGUCUCGCGCCCUUUCUGACCAUCAACACGCUCGGACUGGCACUCAACACGUUCACGCUGCAGUAUGUGGACGCUUCGUUCUAUCAGAUCGCCCGGGGCCUCGUUUUGCCCUUCACGGCUAUCCUGUCAUACCACUUUCUGACAGUUGUCCCGAGCAAGGCCACCAUCGCGUCUAUUGGCGUCGUCUGCAUUGGCUUCGCCCUCGGCGUCGGGUUUGAGGACAUGUCAGUCAGUCUCCUUGGCAUCAUUCUCGGCGUUGGCAGUUCCGCUACCACAGCGGCCCACGCUAUCGCUAUCAAGCGUGCCCUCCCGGUCGUGCAGAACAGCACCAUGAAUCUGGUGUGGUAUGCUAAUCUGAUGACGGCCCUCGCGCUGCUACCGUUCGCAGUCAUCGUCGAGACCGGUGGCUUGCUGAGCUUGAUCGCAGAGGGCGGCCAUGCGCUGUACACCUUCGUCGCGGGCACGCUCUUGACUGGCUUCUUCGGCUUUGCCAUCUGCAUCGCUGGCUUCAUCUCCAUCAAAGUCACCUCGCCGACCACACACAUGAUCUCGUCUGCCGUUCGAGGCGUUCUGCAGACUUUCCUGGGCGUCGCCUUAUUUCACGAUAUUGUCACCUACGGCAGAGCCAGUGGGAUUGCCGUCAUCAUCCUCGGAUCCGUUUUAUACACAUGGUCCAUGAGCCGAGCUCCCCCACCGCCUAAGAAGCCCGAACACGUCGCUUUGCCUGGCGAUGACGAGGCUAUUGAGAUUGACACCCUGCCCAAACACCGCAGCUCAAACGAAAAGUAA